AUGGCCUUUUCGCCUCUCAAUCUUUCGCGCUUGUCUUCAACAUCCCAAGUUGCUUCCCGUCGUCUUGCGCAUCUCGCAUCUACAAAUAAUUCUCUUACAAAUCACUCUCUAAUUAAUAGACUCUCUUCUACAAUGGCCCCAGUCCAACCCGAACACUAUAAAUACCUUGUCAUUGGAGGUGGCUCCGGUGGCGUUGCAAGCGCUAGAAGAGCCUCCAAACAUGGUGCCAAAACCCUUCUCAUUGAAGGCAAGGCUCUCGGUGGCACCUGCGUUAACGUCGGUUGCGUCCCGAAAAAGGUUAUGUGGUCUGCCGCCACCAUGGCCAAGUCGUUGGCCGAGGCUCCCAAUUAUGGCUUUGAUGUCCCUGCCUCUGCCCCCAAGUCAUUCCACUGGCCUGAAUUUAAGACCAAGCGUGAUGCUUACAUUGAGCGCCUCAAUGGCAUCUAUGCCCGCAACCUCGAGCGCGAAGGCGUUGAUUACAUUUUUGGCUGGGCAAAGUUUAUCAACAAAACUACCGUCGAGGUUGCCCUCAAUGAGCCAGAUGCUGAAGGCAAGUCUGUAAAACAAUAUACUGCUGAUCAUAUUCUCAUUGCCUCUGGUGGCUCUGCAAUUAUCCCUCCUCAUAUUCCUGGCUCUGAGCUGGGUAUCACAUCUGAUGGCUUCUUCAAGCUGGAGACCCAACCUCGUCGUGUUGCUAUUGUUGGUGCCGGCUACAUUGGUGUUGAACUUGCUGGUGUUUUCAAGGCUCUUGGAACUGAGACCCACCUGUUUAUUCGUGGUGAUAAGGUUCUACGUGCUUUUGACCCAAUGAUUCAAGACACAAUUACAGAGAUUUAUGAAAAACAUGGAAUCCAAAUCCACAAGGGCAUCUCGAAUCUUUCCAAAGUUGAAAAGGCUGAGGAUGGUUCUCUCAAUGUGUUUUACAAGGACCCAGAAACUGAAAAGGAAAAUUCAGUCAAUGUCGACUCUUUGAUUUGGACCGUCGGCCGCAGACCUUGGAAGGAUCACCUUAACCUCGAAGUUACUGGUGUCGAGGUCAAUGAGAAAAAUGGUACCAUCAAGGUGGAUGAAUUCCAAAACACUUCUGUCCCCAACAUUUACAGUGUGGGCGACGUGGUAGGUCCUGUUGAUCUGACUCCUGUGGCAAUUGCAGCUGGCCGCAAGUUGUCUAACCGGCUGUUUGGUGGUCCCGAGUUUAAGGACCAGAAGCAAGAUUAUGUCAAUGUCCCCAGUGUUGUGUUUGCACACCCAGAGGUUGGAUCCAUUGGUCUCUCAGAGCCUGCAGCCCGUAAGGAGUAUGGCGACGAGAAUGUCAAGGUUUACAAGUCACGUUUCAUCUCCAUGUACUACGCACCAUUGGACCAGGAACAAAAGGACCCCACAGUUUACAAAGUUGUGGUGGCUGGCCCAGAAGAAAAAGUGGUGGGCAUUCACAUUGUUGGUGACUCGUCGAGUGAAAUUCUUCAAGGCUUUGGUGUGGCUGUCAAGAUGGGAGCCACCAAAGCUGAUCUUGAUAGCGUUGUUGCGAUCCACCCCACAUCUGCCGAGGAACUUGUUACUCUUGUUUAG